AUGUAUAACGGAAUUGGAUUAAAAACGCCGCGAGGUUCGGGAACAAAUGGAUAUAUUCAAAGUAAUUUGGCACAUAUUCGCCGUGCCAAAAAUACAAUUAGAGAUUACGAAAAAUUUCGAAAUGAAGUUAGUAUGAAUAAUAUUGUUGAUAAAAAAUAUACAUGUGAUUUUUCAAUUAUUGAACACUCAGAAAAAAGAAAAAUAGAGUUAGAAGUUUUACUAUAUGAAGAAAAAAUCAAGGAAGAAGGAAAAGAAAAUAUUGAAGAGCUAAUUAAUAAUUAUAGGAAAAAAUUAUAUGAUGAAUAUUAUGAAAAAAAAAAUACAGAAGAAAAAUUUAAUGUAAAUAAAAAUCGGAAAUUUGAUGCUAAUGAAAAUAUACAUAUGCUAAAUGAUAGAAAAAGAAAACAAAUAGAAAAUUUGCAAAAAAUUUUGAAAAUUAAAAAGAACGAUAAAAAGAUAGAAGAUAUGCAGUUAAAGGAGAGUGAUGAAGCGUCAAAGAAGAAAAACAAAAAUAGCAAAGACAACCGAAGCGAUAGAAGCAGUAGUGAUAGUAGUAGUAGCGAUAGUAGAAGUAGUAAUAGUAGACGUAGUGGUAGUAGAAGUAGUAAUAGUAGAAGUAGUGGUAGUAGAAGUAGUAAUAGUAGAAGUAGUAAUAGUAGUAGUAAUAGUAGAAGUAGUGGUAGUAGAAGUAGUAAUAGUAUAAGUAGUGGUAGUAGAAGUAGUAAUAGUAUAAGUAGUGGUAGUAGAAGUAGUAAUAGUAUAAGUAGUGAUAGUAGAAGUAGUAAUAGUAUAAGUAGUGGUAAUAGAAGUAUUAGCGAUGAAAGCAACGCUAGCAGCAGUGAAAGUGAUUGCAGAAGGAAUAUAAGACGAAAAAAAAAAUAUCGAUAUGAGUAUAGUUCAGAUAGCUCUCAUAAAUCUACUAAAUCUGAUUAUUCUAGCGAUUCUAACAAGCGUACUUGUAAUACAUCAGAAUACAGUGAUUCAAGCGGGCCAUCAAAUAUAAAACAAAAGAAAAAUAAUAAAAAAAUAAAAGCCAAGCCAUCGCUUCCAAUAAGAAUAUCUGUUAUAAGUAGUAUUCCUGAUACACCAACCAAAAAUGAUUCCAAUCCAACAUUGGAUGACGAUAAAAUAAAAAAUUCCGAUCGUUCAAUUAGUCCACGCAUAUCAAGGGGUAAUAAACUGGCAUUACAGAAAAUGAUUCGUAAAAAAAGAAAAUCUCAAAGCAGCUAUAACGAUAGCGAUGAUGAUAAAAAUUUUAAAGGUAAUACAAAAAACAAGCAUCGUAAUAAAAGAAAACUACAAAGAAACAGUGAUAGUAAUAGUGAUAGCGAUAAUCGAUAUAACAAAACUAAGAUAAAAAAAAAAAAGUAUGCUAAAAAAGAUAGCCAUAAAAGUAGUGAUACUUCUAAAAAAAAUAAUUCUCUUGAAAAAAUGCAUAAUAAAGAACCCAAAAAUAAUAAAAAAAAAGAAACCAACAAAAAAUCAUCGUCAUCACUAGUAAGAAAUGAUGAAAGAUCAGAUUAUGGGCACCCAAACAAAAGGAAACAUAUCAUCAAGCAUAGUAAACGAAAUAAGCCUAACAAGCGUGGUAGUAUCACAUCAUCCGACGAAAGAAAUAUAGAGUACAAAAAGAACCCCUCAUUAAAUGAUAUAAAAAAAAAAGACAAGACCCCCCAAAAAAAUAAUAAACCAGAAAAUUCAUUAAAUAAGAACAAAACUCUGGAAAUUUUAAAUGACAUAAAAAAAUAUUACAGCAAAAAGAAAGAAUCUUUUAGCGGGCAAAGUGAUAAAGAAUCUAGCCACACCUUCAACAAUUCUGAUAAUAAUAGUAGGGGAAAUGAUAAUAAUAAAAGCGACAGUGAUAGUAUCGCAUCUAGCCACAUAAAAAAGAAUGAAAAGCAGAAAAAGAGGGGAUCCCUAAAUAUACACAAUUAUUCUAGUCAAUCGCCAAUUAGAAAUAAAAAAAAUGAUAAUAGAAUUUUGAAAAAGAAAAAAUUAGAAUAUGAUAGUAAUUCAACUGACUUUCAUUUUAAUCAUGAGCAUCGUUGCGAUCAUAAUCGGCGUGCUAAAAGAGAGCGAGAAUAUGAAAACAGUGAAAGAAGCAUUAGGAGUAUAGAUUGUUAUAAAAAUAAAAAAAGAGAAAGAGCUAGUUCUGAGAGCAUAGACAAAAACCGUAGGGGAAAGAACAGAGACAUAAUUGACAGACAUAAACAUAGAGAAAGAGAUAAAGAAGGAAAACGUGAAAAGAGAGAUAUAGGUAUCGAAAAAAGUCACAGAAGUAGAGAAAGACAUAAGGGAAGAAGACUUAGAAGAGAGGGUAGCGAUGCAUAA